AGAAUAUCUCUCGCACCAUCGAUGGUUUAUUCAUUUUAAUGUGCUAUGGUGAAAAAAAGCUCCACCCUCGAUGGAAGCAAUUUGCAAGAGAGUUUGAGAAAAAUAAUAGCCGCAGACAUGGGAGAAGCAAUUUUCAAAGAGAGAAAGAAAGACAAAUAUGAAAUUUACGCGGGAAUCAUGCUAAUGCCCUCGCAGCCUGAGAGCACGAAGAAGAAGGAAUACCUUGGCGGCGAACCGGCGGUGAAUUGAAGCGUGGGAGAACAACUUGAGUACAAAUGGAAGUAUCAAUAUUUGUCGUUGUUACUGGACAACCAUCGAUCCCUGUCGCACGGGGGUCAGUACGGCAGGCCGAAGAAGUGAGACAACCAGGUGAAUUGCGGAGAAUAAAGUUGUGCUCCCAGGUUGAUUGUAACGAUUGGCUGAUGCUGAACGAGGGGCCCGAACAAAUGGUGAGGUAAAAAAGUACAGCCGAAGGUGGGGCUUCUACCCCGCGACGCCGGCACACCUGAACACUCUACCUCCUCUCUUUUCUACCUCAACUCAGCGAAUCGGAUUUACCUGACGCUCCACUUCCUCACUCACGAUCCAUCAUUCAGCAGUUGCUGUUCAGCUCUUGUACCGCGCAGUCCGGCAACUUCGCGCCUUAUUUCAAUGUGCCUCACAGUUUGUGCCUUAUUAAUCGAGUGACUAUUUUUUUUUUGCACCUUAUAGACUCAUCGUUAAAAUCACAACAUAUCAUUCCAUUUUGGGAAAAGACACCGCAGAGGAUUUUUAAUCAAUAUCUCGCAUAAAAGUAGUGCAAAGUUUCUCACUAAAAAAAAUCUCGUGAAGACUAAAAAACACCUGAUAACGGAUACUUUGUGAUCGUGCAAAUAAAAAAAAAUCUCCUGCAUUCUCUUCAUUACAAUCGGGACGCAGCCAGGGUGGAACCUCAAGUGGUGGCAGUGUGUGUGUUUGUGGUGCAGUGUUGGGGAUAAUUGGAAGUUAAUUUGUCGAGAGAGAGAGAGAGUGGUGAAGCAUAAUCCCAGGGUGGACAUAGCCUGCGCAUUUUAUGCAGCCGUAGAGGGAUACGCACAUCCCUAAACAUCGCACAACGCAUCGAGACGGAGACGCCCAACAUGGGCAUAUCGGAAGAAUCAUCGAUGGAGGAUAUUCCGCACGAGGCGAAACCACCCCAGGGAAGUCCCUCGGAGCGAUCAUGCGCCGGUAUUUCGGGUGGGGGCACAGGAAGCCCCCUCUCGGAGCAAAAUAGCGAAGGGGAUAUGGAUGAUUGUGUGCCACGGCGAAAGCAGAGACGCUACAGGACAACCUUCACGAGUUUUCAACUUGAAGAACUCGAGAAAGCCUUCUCACGCACACACUACCCCGAUGUCUUUACGAGAGAGGAGCUAGCAAUGAAGAUUGGACUGACGGAGGCACGAAUUCAGGUUUGGUUCCAAAAUCGCAGAGCAAAGUGGCGAAAGCAGGAGAAAGUUGGACCUCAGGGACAUCCGUACAAUCCGUAUUUGAGUGGUGGUACCUCCAUUCCAUCUGCAACUUCGGUGGCCCCAUCAUUGCCACCGAAUCCCUUUACGCAUCUCGGUUUCAAUCUACGCAAACCCUUCGAUGCUGCCAGUUUGGCUGCAUUUCGGUAUCCCCACCUCACAGGCGGUCCAGUGAUCCCUCCGGGCUACCUUCAUCAGUUUCACAGGGCCCCUCCACCUCCAAUACUACCACCGGGUGUGGGAGCUCUUUACACACCGGGUACAUCCUUCCAGACACUCCUGGCAAAUAUUUCGGCUGCACAGCGACAUCAACCGCCACCGUUGCCACCACCACCGGUGCCAGUUCCUGGAAAGUCUCCUGAAUUGCUCAUAAAUUCCGCCGCGUCUGCGUCUCCACCUCUUUCGCCACCAUCGUCGGGCCUGACGGCGUCCACGGCCCCCGCGGGUGUUACAGAGGACCGGCGGUCAUCCUCAAUUGCUACGCUUCGUCUAAAGGCGAGAGAACAUGAAAUGAGACUCGAGAUGUUGCGCCAAAAUGGACACAGUGAUAUUCUAAGUUAAUAGUAUCACACAUAAAGGACAGAGUUGGAAAGACUGUAGAUGGGAGAACAACUAUCAAGAGAAUUGUGUGAGAGUUUUUAGUUUUUUUUAAUUCUUAAUCGAAUUUUGUGGCGUCUUUUUUUCAUGGUGUUUUUUUGGUAGAGUUUUCAAUUUAUUUGAAAGAAUUAAUAAGGUGCUGAUGAAGAUUCAUUUAAUUGUUUUUUUUUGUGAAGUUUUGAAUGAUUUUUUUUGGUUAAUAAUAGCAAAAUUCAAUUAAACGUCCGGAAAAUUAAAUAAUUUUUGAAUAAUUUAAUGAAAGAUGCACACAGUCAAAGAAAAUACUUGGUGUUUGUCUUGAAGUAGAACACCAACUAAUAGACUCCGCAGCAUAACACGAAAACCUAGCAUUCUAUAUCUUUAAGAACAGCAAAGUACAGAGGGCAUAAUGGAAGUGAAAUCUUUAAUCUAGAAAGGGGACUCGAUUUAAUUAAAUCCAACUCUGAUCUCUCAUCAAAUGUGUUUUUUUUUUAAUAGCAAAUUCAAUUGAUUCACGUCUUUAAUGCCUCUUCUUCACCUUCUUUCAUCACCUUGAAGUGUGAGAUGAGGGUGCAUAAAGAAGCACAAUAUGCAGACGCUCUUGUGCACCACUCAAUUGGUAAAAGAUGUGAAAAAUGUGCGUGUAGAUGCCCUCACUGAUUUUUCCGUCUCGCAAAAUGAAGAGAAGAUAAAGCAAAUUGAAGUAAAUAAAAAAAAAAACAGAACAAUUUUUAUACAUCCUGGUCACGCGAAAGAUUAUUAGCAUUUGCCAAUUACUCAAAAUUGCAGAUUUCUCACACAAUUCUCCCUUUCGAUCGUUUUCCUUUUGCACACACACACAAAAAACUAACUCAUUCACCGCUGGAUGCUGAUUCAAUUAGAUUUAUAUUCCACAGAAUGAAAAUGAAAAGUUGUGCGUAUUGUUUGGGUCAUAUUACAUGUGAAUAAAUUGUGUAAUUGAAUCAAAUUGAAAAAUAACCCAUCAAUAGGUAGUUUCCAGCACUGAUUCUUAUCAAUUUAGGUGAUUGUGGGUGAGAAACAAUUGAGUAAACAGCAAUAAAAUUUAUGUCUUGGGAGAUAGAAAAAUUUAUUACAUGAAAAUUGAGUUUGUAUUUCCCUUCACCAUCCUAUAGAAUAAUUAAUAAAUUGCUCAUUUUAUUCUCCAUUUUAUUUCUUAUAAAUAAAAUUGAAUUCCGUUUAAAUGAUUAGAGAGAGAGAGAGAAAAGUACGAGGAGUAAAGUAUUGUAGUCACGUUAAUUUCCCUCUCCAAAUGGGCUUUAAAAGCUUUUUGCUUUUCGCAAUGCAAAGCGACAAAAAAUGUAAUUGAAAAGAAAAUUUGUGAAAAAAAAGUGUGAAUGUAAAAAAAUCCGUCCAAAUGAAUAAAUUGAAUUAUGUAUAUUGAAUAGGUUGAAUGUUUCUUUGUAAUAUGUAUAUUUUGCAUUUUCCGCCCACACAAAUAAAAACCCUCUUUUUGCAACUUAAUUGUAAUUAGUUUUUUUUAGCUAAAGAAAAGAAUAAGUGAAUUUAAAAACAAUAAAUAAUAAAAAAUGUGUUUUAGGUAUAUAAAAUAUGAUUUACUUUUGUAUACAAUUUGUGAUAAAUAAAUGUGUACACAAGAUCAA